GUUGCCUCUGAUGAAGGUACGUCUGAAGAAAGCGAAGAAAACUCAGCUACAGAAAUAUCUACAGAUUCUGAAUUCGAGCACGAUGGUGCAACUCCUACGCAGCACGAGAUUCCAGAAAUCACGAUCAACGAUACAUAUGUCCGGAAAACAAGAGGAAAUUACGUUGAACCUAAGAAAGUUCAAGUAAAAAGUAAAGUCAUUUCAUCGAUUAAUGGUAAUCUGAAGCAAGAUAAAGAUGCGAAAUCGCAAUUGAUGAAAAUGGAUCACGAUAUAAAUCCUUCUCAUCUUGAAAAAGAGAGCAAGCUGAAUUUAUUAGGAUUCAAUAAUACUAAUGCAGUUCCAUUAAUAAAUCCACGUAAAGGAGAUUAUUUAUUAAACCGUACCCAUUCCACCGAAGGUAUAGCAUCUAAGCUAUCUUUGGAAUUGAAAAAGAAGUAUUUACUCGGUGGUACAGCUUUUGGAGGUUCCGUUAUGAAAUCGGGAUCAGCCUCGAAUGUCGACACUCAAUUGAGAAAUUUUACAGAUGCUAUUUCUCAACACCAAAAACUUUUAAAUCCCGCUCCAGAACCGAGUCCUACGAUGCAAGCAUUCUUGCAAGGAACGAGCAAAUUGCGAUCGAAUAACACCCAACUUUCUCCUAUAUCGCCCACAGCUAUAUUUUCUUCCGUGAAACCGUACAUCGCGAAUCGAUCCACCCAGAAUUUAUUAAACAAUGAUAAUCCUAUUUAUAAAUCGACAAUUUUGCCUGAAAUAUCAAAGACCCAGUUACCGGAUCUGGUUAAGGAAUCCAGUAUAUUAAAAUCGAAAACUACACCUAAUAUUGUCUGCGGUGAAUCCAAGAGCAUAGAAACUAAAGAAAUUGUAAAAGAACAGGUGGUUCCUAGUCAUCAAUUGCAUACAGAGAAAAACUCCAAAAUAUUGGAAAAUGCGAAAAACUCUGAAAAUACGGAAAAUAAUUUUACCGCAAAUACAGAUGAGAAUAAUGGUUUCCGACCACGAAGCCCUUUACAUGAAACCUCCAUCAUCGUACCUCAAGUCGAUUGGAGUAAAAACACAUUGGAGCAAGGAAAAGAGGCGGCUAGCACCGGAGAUUCAGAGAUAGAUAGCGAUUCUUUGUCAUCCGGGGAUGGCGAAGCGGAGGAAGAAGCACAGGAUCAACCACCAGCUGUUAUGAAUUUGUCUCCACCCCGUUUACAAAUUCACAGUACAGAUGGAGAUCUUUUGUUGGACGAAGAGGCUGAAAAAUGUAAAGAUUUCGAUGAUGGCCAAUCGUUUGAGCCUGAUUCCAUAGAGUGCUCGUUUCUACAGGAUAAAAUGUUAAAUAAUAAGAUCAAUCCUUCGAUCCCUUGCGUAAAUAAAACCUCGAUGGAACUGGAGCUGGUGAAGAACGAAAUCGAGCAAUUAGAAUUGCAGGAUGAUGGUAAAAAAAGUAUGAGCAAUUGCAGUACCCCUACAUCGAUAACUUCUGCUAUUUCGAAUAAACAUGAUGAUUCUGAAGAAAACGACGUCACAACAGCAGCUCUUACAGAAACGGAAUUCUCAGAGUGGGCUCGUGAUGGAGAAGUCUUGGUUUCGGAUGAUCUACGGGACGUUGAAUUCAAUAUUAAUCCAGAAUUCAUAACUACAAGAAGAAAAGCUACGUUAUCGGAUGCUUCGAGGAUAGGUCAUACUCCAAUUACGAUAGCCAAAGAAGAAGAUUUAACGGACAUGGACUUAGAUUCUUCGAAGUUGGAUAAACAGUUGGAUGUUCCUGUUAACAAUACCUCAAAACUCUUAGCUAAUGGUGAGAAUAUAGAUUUUAUGGACACGGAUAACGAAUCGUUAUUGGACGAUAGUUUGCAAGAUGCUUCUAAUAUGGUAAUGCUAAAAAAUAGGGGAUAUGUAGAAUUUGUUAAUAUCAAAAGCACUUCAAACCUCACAAGUUCACAAGAUAAAUUAAUUGCUGACGCCCCUAUUGCGAAAUUAGAAAUAGAAAAUGAUUCAGAAGAAGAAGCUUACUAUGAUAAGAACGUGAUAGAAAUAAAUCCAAUUACCAUGGAUGAUGUUAUGAAUAAAUUAAACGGUUCUGUAAAUAAAUCUGAAAAUGACACCAAGUCAGAGGGAAAUAUGGAAAUAAAAUCAAAUUCCAUUCAACAAGAUCAAUCCAUCGCAGAAGCUGUGAAUAAAGAAUUAUUUCAAUCGAUGGAGGAAGAUAGUUUGCUUAUCGUUGAACCUGCCGAGGACACCACUACCAGUGAAGUAGUCACUAUUCUCGCUAGUCCUGUGAAUCCACAAGUUUCAAUAAUUGCAUCUCAAACUGAAAAACAAUCGGAACAAGAAGAAGAAACGAAGACGGCGACUGAUUUGAACAAUCCUGAUUAUUUGGAAUACGUGAAACGUUUGCAAUCUAGAAUUGCUGAAUUUAGCAAUGUCAAAGAUUCUAUAGACGUCAGAAAAUCAAAAAGGAAGAAUUCAAAAAGUUCGCUGCAAUCUCGUACAGCUGAGAUGAUAGCAGAAGAAAUUAAGAAUCAAGAAACUACAAUAAAUAAUAAUUUCAAUUCGCCGGCAACUUCGAGAAAAUUGGAAGAAAUUACCAGAGAAAGAUUCAAACAAAAAAAUGUAAUACAAGAUUUAUUAAUGGAUAAAGUAGAAGCUCAUAAACAGAAAUCUGCAGAGAAAAAGGCAAGAAGAGCUGCUAGAGCUUCGUCGUUCAAUUCAACUUCUGCCUUAUCACCGAUAAGACCAUCUAUUCCUAGUAGUUCGCUAGUUAAUAAAUUUGUACCUACAUCUAUAGUAACACUUGAAAAUAGUCCUUUGCACAAUACUAAUUCUGCUGAAAGCAAACAGCCUAUGGAAAUUAAGAAAUCUUACGAAACCCAGCAAUCGCCUUGGAAAUCAGAGACUGAGAAAGCCAUAAAUGAAGAAAGUAAUAAAAAUGAUAUUCAAUCUUCUGAAAAUAUCACAUUAAUUAAAAUAGCCGGUGAAACAGAAAACAACUUUAGAACGCCAGUUGCACCUCCAAGAUUGAAACACGAAGAGGCAAAGAGAACAGCAGAAAAGGCAAGACAAGAUGCGAGAGAAAGGGCUAGAUUAAAGAGUGAUGAAGAUCUGGGUCUCAGUCCAGAAGAUAAAAUCAAAGAGUUGAGAAUGAAAGUGGCACGAAGGCAACUUUCAAUGGAAGAGAGAAAAACUAAAGAAGAGACACAGCCUGAAGAUCCUCGCAUAAGACUUUAUACUUAUGGAGCAAACAAGACUGAAUUAAAAUUGCAAACGAGCAAAAGUACGGACAAUAUGAAAGCUGUAGCUGAGGCAAUCAAUUUCAGUGGUUUAUCUGCUGCCAAUGCAAAAUCAAUGGAUGAAUUAUUACAUGCUGAUUCUCCCAAAUCAAAUAGCUCAAUAAUAAAAAGAGAUAAGAAACAAAAAACGAAAGAUCCAGAAAGAAGAAAAAGUAUCAUUCAAGCAGUCUCAGAUUUCUUCUUUAAAAAGGAAUCUUCUCCUUCGCCGUCCAAUCAAAAAGACAAAUUAUCUAUGUUCCGUCUGACGUCAAAGACGAAAGGCAAAUUAUGUAAAUCGUAUUCGGAAGGGUCAGAUGUAAGCAACUCAUAAGUCAUUGAUACUAAUUUUUCCAGUAUUAGCUUUCUUAUGCCACUAUUUGUAUUCGCUAUUGUAUAUCGUGCAGGUACUAUGAUUUUAUUUUCGUUUGCCGCAUUUUCUCGUCUGCUUUGAAGAGGUAACAUAUUGACUGGCAUAAGUUAUAUUAAAUUUUUUUUUUUACACUUUACUGUUAAAUCCUUAUUAUUGUAG